AUGCCUGCCUCCGCCGCCGUUCCAGAACCAAGAUCUGUCAAAGAGGUAACCGCCAAAAAAAGCUCGUUAAAAAUUCCCCCAAAACCAGAUGAAGAAGCCUACAAAAAAGCACUUGAAGAAGUGAAUACAACGAUUGACAAAUUGCAACAAGACCUUAAUGACGUAGUUGAAAAAAUCAACAAUUCCCCUGAUAAUGCACCCGUAUCUCAAAGACGUGAAGAACUUCGAGCUCAACUUGAUAGACUUCGUGGAAAACAAGCCGAAAUGAAAAAAAAACGUCAUCAAAAAGUUGAGCAACUUAAAAAAAAGCAAGUUGAAUCUGGCACUUUAAAAAUUGUUGAUGAAAAGAGAAUUAUCUCGGAUAUAUCUGGUCUUAAAAAGUCAAGGAAAGUUGUCGAAACUUUUGAAACGCAACAAGCUGCCAUUGACGCUGAACAAAAAUCGAUUGACGAAAUGAGAAAAGAUCUUGAAGACAAUGAAUUCAAAGAAGCAAACGCACAAUACGAUAAAAUAAAAGCAGAACUUGAAACAAUCAGCAAAGACCAAGCUAUGGAUAGAGAAAAGAGGAAUGAAUUAUUUGAUGAGAAAAAGAGAAUACGUGAACAGAUCAACACUCAAUUUGCCAAUAGAAGAACCAUUCAAGAUGAAUAUAACAAGGCCAAACAGGAAUAUUGGCAAAGGGUGGAUGAAGAUCAAGAAGCAUCCAUUCCAGCUUUCCAAGAAGAUAUCCAAAUUUGUGAAAAUCUUAUUUAUUACUUUCAGACUCACCAUGGAGUUGGUAAAACUGAAGAAGUAGUUUCUAGCAAUGAUAGUAGUCAGCCUGAUACUACUUCUAAUAUACGUCAGCCUGAUACUACUUCUAAUGUUCCAGAAGGAUGUGUUUCUUUAGCAAAAAAAUUUGAGGAUGACGAUGAUCUUUUUGGGGGUAAAUUAUCCAAGAAGGUUAAAUCUCAAAAGAAAAAAAAACCCAACAAGACUAAUGGGUUUCAACUCCCUCUCAGUAUUAUGGAUCAGUUGAUUUUAGUUAAAGUUGCAAUUCCUCUUAGUCCUUCCGAUGUCGAAAAAGUCGUUAAUGACCUUACAGAAAAGAAAGACUACUUCGUCAAAAACCAAGACCGCAUAACCAAAGAAAACAUUGCUAAAGCUGAGGAAGAGAUUGCCGCUUUGGAAGGCAAGGGACAUAAUAAAAAAGUUGAUGAUGAAAAAUUAAAUGAAAAAAAUUCAUCAGAAGUCGUUGAAGAAAGUUCAGAAUUAAAUAAUGAGGUAAAAGGAGAAUGUGCGACUGAAAAAGCAGCCAUUGGACAACCUAAUGAAGAAUCUUAA